AUGACACAUCGUUUCGUUUUUCGAGUUGCUGUUGCUGCUGGUCACAUCAAUUGGACAACCUACAAUCCAUGUAAUGCACUUCUUGUCCAUCUCAACUUCCCUAUUUCCGAUUUCAUCCAAAAUGAAUAUCGUCGAUAUAAAUCAUCCAAUGUUACAGGUGUAUCAUUUUCUCCUCUUCCUGAUGCAGAACUCAAAAUUCAACUCUAUUACAAAACACAAGAAAUCAAAAAGCGUAAGAAAAAAUUAAAAGAAAUAGCACAAUCUAUAUGGAAUAAGAAACCAAAUUUGAAUUAUGCUCGAAUUACUUUGGAUGAAUGUAAGACAAUGUAUGAAGAACAUACUGGUCGGUUACCUUCUUCAUGGGAAGCUAAACAAAUUUACAGAUUAACUCUCAAUUCUUCUACAUUUCGUAGUGCAACAUUGGAACAAUAUGCACCAUGGCGUCAUUUCCAAGAAGAAAAAGAAAGACACAAACAUGCAACAGCAAUGAUAGAAGAAAUAUACAAUGAUUUACAGAAAGAAGUGAAACAAGGAAAAGAUUUGACUUUAUCGAAAACUGAUAUGACUGUUUUACUUGAAAAGAAACUCGGAGAAUUGCCAUCAUCCAAAGAUGUUGAGGACAUGUGGAUGGAUCGAUUUCGUUUGCCUCUUGUUAAAUGGCUUGAAUGA